GCAUAUAAAUGUAUAUAAAUAGUAAUUGUUCAAUAAAUUGAUAUAUAUUCUGUGCAAGCAAUAGUACUGAGACAAUGCAAUAACACGCUUCGUCUUCUUUCAGUUCUACAGCUGUGGAUGAGAAGACCUCUCAUUUUUAUGUUGAAAGAUAUUCGUGAAACGCAUUUUUAAGAAUGUUCAGGAAAAUGCCGCCGAGAAGAGCAAGUCACUCGGGUAGUUGGUACACGAAGAACGCAUUUGAUUUAAAUAAAGAGCUGGGAGAUUGGUUAAAUGCUGCUGAUUUAUCUCAUGGACCAGCCAGAGCAAUUAUAUCACCCCAUGCUGGUUACAGUUACUGUGGAGCUUGUGCCGCAUAUGCAUAUCGUCAAAUCAGUCCAGUUGCAGUACUUGCUGUUAUGCAGCCGCAAGAUAUUCAUUUUAGGCCCGUCCCACCACGGAGCAUCACGCUGUUCUCUGACAUUGGCUACCACCUACAAGACUCCAUUGUACGACCUGAAAAUCGACGCACAAGUCUGUCAAGAAUUGAUAUAUACUGAAAAAUUUAACUGGUUGAGCAUGGACAAGGACGAGGAGGAACACAGUAUUGAAAUGCAGCUUCCUUACAUAGCUAAAGUUAUGGAAGGUUAUCAGGAUUCAUUCACCAUUAUUCCUAUUCUUAUUGGAUCUCUUACACCUGCUGAAGAGGCUGAAUAUGGAAAAAUUUUGGCACCCUACAUGGCUAAUCCUCAAAACUUAUUUGUCAUUUCUUCUGACUUCUGCCAUUGGGGACAACGGUUUCGAUAUACUUACUACGAUAAAUCUUAUGGUCCUAUUUAUAACUCUAUUAAAAAUCUCGACCAAAUGGGAAUGGAUAUAAUUGAAAAGUUAACACCCUCGUUAUUCACUGAAUAUUUAAAGAAAUAUGAAAAUACCAUUUGUGGUAGACAUCCAAUAGGAAUAUUACUACAGACAAUACAAAGCAUUAAAAAUAGUGGCAAUGCCCAACGAAUGACACUUAAAUUCCUUAAAUAUGCUCAAAGCAGUCAAUGCAAUAAUAUGAAUGAUAGUUCUGUUAGCUAUGCAAGUGCUUCAUUAGUGAUUGAGUGAUCAAUUGAGAAGAUCAAUUUAAUCCCACCGUUAAACGAUCGAUACGAUAUUUACGCGUAAAUGUUAUGUAUAGGUAAAAAAAUUAAAAUGAUACAAAUAAUAGAGCUAAAAGAGGCAGAAAUUAAAAUCGUAACGUAUUUUUUAGUACAUGCAAUCUUAGGUGUUAUUUUUAGGCACAAAAUUGUUUAGGCACAGUUUGAGGAAAUCGUCUUUUUUAAAUGGUACUCAUGCACGAUAUCAUACUUAUAUACACAUACUUAAUGCAAUUAUUAAACCUAUAAUUAUUUUCGUAUAAAGACAUACUUUAUAUUUUCUAAAGUACAAAAAUACAUCGAAAUGUGCAAAAUGAAACAGGAGAAUUGAAAAACCUAAUUGUAAAUUAAAGACUGACUUGUCAUUUAUGUUUAGUGCAUAGA